GGCAACACAUUUAAAAGUGAAAACGGCAGAGAAACAGAAAAAACAUUCUCUUUCUCUCUCUCUCUCUGUAUAUAAACAACAUUAAUUUCACCACCUUCUCGAUCUUCAUUCCUAUACCAGAUCCAGCAUCGUGACGGUUCGUGUGUUAAACCGGCUCCGGUUAAAAAGACGCAGAGGAGAGAGAGAGAUAGUCCCGUUAUACACAUGUGGUGACGCGGAGGAGCGAACGUUCUUGUGAUGGGUUGUGUCAACUCCAAGCAGACCGUCUCUGUAACGCCAGCGAUCAAUCACUCCGGAGUGUUCAAGGACAAUAAUUCAGUCCAAGAACCUUCUCCGGCGGUGGAGAAGAAGCUCGUCUCGUGGAGGAGCAAGAGUAGCAAGAAGAGCGGGAGCGAGUCCGGUCGAGCGAGUUCGAAUUCCAGGAGUGAGUCGUUGAGCUUCCGACUCGGUAACCUAAGCAAGUACUUGGAAGCUGAGCAGGUCGCAGCCGGCUGGCCUGCCUGGCUGAGCAACGUCGCCGGCGAAGCUAUCCAUGGCUGGGUCCCGUUUCGUUCCGACGCUUUCGAAAAGCUCGAAAAGAUCGGACAAGGGACAUACAGUAGCGUGUUCCGUGCAAGAGAGACCGAAACAGGGAAGAUAGUGGCUUUGAAGAAAGUUAGGUUCGACAAUUUUGAGCCAGAGAGUGUUAGGUUCAUGGCUAGAGAGAUUUUGAUACUUAGGAGACUUGAUCAUCCCAACAUUAUCAAACUCCAAGGUCUGGUUACUUCAAAACUCUCUUGCAACAUCCAUCUCGUCUUCGAGUACAUGGAGCAUGACCUCACUGGUCUUCUCUCUAGGCCUGACAUCAACUUCACUACUCCACAGAUUAAGUGUUAUAUGAAACAAUUACUGUCUGGACUUGAUCACUGUCACGCACGAGGUGUGAUGCACCGUGACAUAAAGGGUUCGAAUCUUUUGGUUAAUAACGAAGGAGUAUUAAAGGUGGCUGACUUAGGACUAGCAAACUUUUGCAAUGCUUCUCGGAAUAAGCAGCCUCUAACAAGCCGUGUUGUGACUCUAUGGUACCGUCCUCCUGAACUUUUGCUUGGGGCAACGGAGUACGGAGCAUCUGUUGAUUUGUGGAGCGUUGGUUGUGUUUUCGCAGAACUUCUUCUCAAGAAACCUGUUCUGCAAGGAAGAACUGAGGUCGAACAGUUGCACAAGAUAUUCAAACUAUGUGGAUCUCCACCUGAAGAUUACUGGAGAAAGACCAAACUUCCUCACGCGAUGCUUUUCAAACCACAGCAACAUUAUGAUGGUUGUCUACGAGAAACCUUCAAAGAUUUAUCCGACGCUGACGUCAGUCUUAUAGAAACUCUUCUUUCUAUAGAGCCCAACAAACGUGGGAUUGCGUCUACUGCCCUUGUUUCCCAGUAUUUCACUACAAAGCCUUAUGCUUGUGAUCCCUCAACCUUGCCUGUAUACUCACCUAGCAAAGAGAUUGAUGCGAAGCAUCGAGAAGAAACAACAAGGAAAAAAAUAUGCGGGAAUGGGAGACGUGGUACAGAAUCAAGGAAGCCAACACGAAAGCCACCUGCAUUUGCUAAAUUAGCACCAGCUGAGGACGCAAGACGCCCUUCCCAAACUUUUCCAAAACGUAAUGGUCAUUCAGUUCAUAACUCAAUCGAUAGCGACGCCAGUUUAUAUUGGAAACUGCAAAAAAAGCCAUCAGAACAUGAAAAAGAAGAAGCUUCUCAUGUGAAGAAUGGGGAUGUACCAUUCUCAGGGCCUUUGCAAGUCUCUGUAUCAAGUGGUUUUGCAUGGGCAAAGCGACGAAAAGAUGAGAUAUGUGUUAGAUCACAUAAUAGAUCUCUCUCAAGGGGUCACAUUCCUAACCUGUUGGGACCUUCUCCUGCUUUCAGUGAGAUCUCUGACGCUGAGUCUAAGAUGAAAGAGAAUGAAAAGGAAGAAAAACAACUUGAGGCAUAUGAGAUGUUGAAGCUUUCAAUGCUGAAGAAGUGGAGAAAACUUGAACGUCCAGAUUCUUUUGAUGCUUCGGAUGAGUAUCAUUCCCAGGAUCUAUCGUUGGCUCUCUAUCAGAGAGAAGAAAAGGCAGCAAAACUGGGACAUUUGGGUUACAAAGACAAUGAUGAGAAAAUCGAAUUCUCAGGCCCCUUGUUGUCUCAGUCUUAUGGAGUUGAUGAGCUUCUUGAACGCCAUGAACGCCAGAUUCGCCAGUUGGUUCGGAAAUCUUGGUCUCAGAAAGGUAAGAAACAUGGGAAAUGAUUCGUAUAAAAGUAUGUGUCAUGAAACGCGUCCCAUAUGGAUCUAGAAGAGUUCUCCAAGAACUCAAAAGAGUUGAUGGUCUGAGA